AUGGGUGCAGGCACCUUAGACAAAGUAAGUGAAGAGCAAGAAUCAAUCGAGGGGGAGUAUGAAGGGAAUAAGGGAGAGGGUUCGAAUGACAACACGGAAGAGUCACAAAAAAUGGAUGGCGAAAUAGUAGGAAAUGACACGGACGCUAUCAGAUACAGCUCUACAAUACCAUAUCAAUUGGUAAAUCUCCGAAUAGAGGAAAUCAAUUUAGAGGGUGCAACGAUUACAGCCUUAGAAGCGUGGGAACUGAACCUUUACAUAGGUACAUCCAAGGGUGAAAUUAUUCAUUACUAUCGAAUUGAUGAAGAACUAGGUUAUAUUCAAAUUUCAAGACAGACAUUCUCUUCCUCUAGUUCACUACCAAUCCAGAAGAUGAUUUUGCUUCCUACAAUAUCAAUUAUUUUAGUUCAAUCGAGUUCAAGGGUAAGUGGUUAUCUACUACCAGAACUCUCACCUGCAAAUAUUGGGAAAAUUAAGGAUGUGGUUGAUAUGUCGUAUGAUUUUAGUAAGCUCACAUUAGACAAGACAGGAGAAAAUAAAAUAGUUCAGAACACUGCCUCUAAGAAUGGGCCAUUUGUUAAUGUAUCAUUAUUUACGACAAAUAGUGUGAAAGUAAUACGAAUUGAUAAAAAUGCUAUGCGAUUGCAAAAAGAAGUUCCAUUUGAAGGCCUCCAAAGAGGGAUUCAAUUUGGACCAUCAGUGGUGGUGGCUGGUGAGAAAUAUGAAGUGUUGAAUUUGGAAAAUUUCUAUAGGUCUAUGCUGUUCCCUGUGUCUUGUGAUAACGAUUUAGUUCCGAGAAUAGCUUAUGUGGAGGGAAAUGAGUUAUUACUUAUUAGUGGUGGUAACAUGAGUGAUCCUGCUAUGGGUAUGUUUGUCAACCGGAAAGGAGAUGCGGUAAGGGGCACUUUGAUCCUUGAAAAGUAUCCUACUUCAGUGAGUGUAGAAUUUCCUUAUGUGAUGGUAACCCUUGAUAAAAAAUUGGUUGUUUAUUCUAUCACGGAUCAAUCAAAAUUACAAGAGAUUGUAUUUCCUGAAAACCUUUGCUUAAUUAACACAUCUCGUAUCUUUGAAGUGAAGGACAGUGCGUUGGCUGAGAAGAUUGUGAAAAUUCCUGUUGUUUCAACGAUGGAUAAUGAUGAAAUUGAACAAAUUGCGCUAGAAGCUGACAUAUCUGCCAAGAAAGCAGUAUGUAAAUCCUCUUCAUUGUUAGUGCAUCCAGAUGGAAAGUUCAUAAAAAUCAUGAAGCCUGUAUCAGAAAUUGAGCGAUGGCUAAACACCUUUGAUUCAAGUACUACAAGCACAUGCAUGAAUAUAUAUGACAGACUUUUUGAGGAAUUGAAAGAUUCUGAUUUCCUAGCCACUUUGCUCUUCCUGUUCACCCUUUACUAUGACUUGUAUGACCAAGCUUUAGAAGUAUGGACAAUAUAUCCCACUGAUCCUAGGCUGAUGAUCUAUGUUUAUAAUAACUUGUGCUCAGAUGGUAUAUACAGAACAGUAUGGCUAUACCAAUCGCUUGUUGAGAAAAUGGAAUUUAUUGGUAGAAAGGAGAAAAGCAAGGGAUUUGAGAGUUUUUAUAGACAUUUCUUGGAAAGUUCCUUAACAUCGAAAUAUGGACAAAACGAAGAGCAUAUUAUCAAAAGUGUUGAAAUUGCACUAACUAAAGUAGCUAUAACAACUGGCGAAGCUCUUGGACCUAUUAUUGAGAAAAUCAAGCACUCCAACAAUGAAAUUGUUGAAUUACUACUUCUCAAUAAAAAGUAUUAUGCUUUGGCAAAAUUAUACGCAAAUACAAUGGAUCAUAGACAGAUGCUAUAUUAUUUCAAAGGGCUGAUAAUUGGAGAUUUUGAGGAUCCAGAAUAUGAGUCCAAUUUCAAGGAAGUCGAGAAGUCACUUCAAUUUCUAAUUAAUUAUAUCUUUACACACUGUUCAGAUGAUAGGAACAUAAUUGAAAAUUAUGCAACAUGGAUGUUAGUUGAUUAUCCCAGUUAUGGACUGAAGUUAGUUACUGAUAGGAGAAUGGGGGGAAUAGACGUAAACGAUAUUAAAUUCUUAACCUUGUUAAAAGACUCAAGAUUGAAAUUACAAUAUCUCGAAUAUGUUUGUCUUAUCAAGGACGAAAAACAGUUUCUUGGUGAUUUGACUUUAAUCUACCUUGAGCUACUUAUUUCCUCCUACGAAAAUGACCAAAAAAUAAAAGAUGCCAUUACCACAGCAAAUGAAAAAUAUCUAGCCAUGGAUGUUCCAAAGAUUUCCAUAUAUAAGUAUUGGAGAGUAGUAGAAAAAAUGGAUUUAGAUCAAAAGUUUAUUCAUUAUCAUACCCAGUUGUAUCAUCAAAUUUAUAGUACCACAUUGAACGUAAAGUCAAUCCUUGAUAGAAAACCAGUUGUGGAAACGUGUAAAAUAAAACUCAUAGAGUCAAAAUAUCGUGACACUUUCCCACUGCUGAGUAUUAUUAUUUUUUCAAAAUAUGAAGAUUAUAAAAGUGUUGUCAAUGAAUUUAUCAUAUUGAAGGAUUAUAUUUCAGCUGAAGAGUUUUCUAUUUCAUUGAGCUUAGAUGCAUUUCACUCAGUCGAAUCACCUGAGGUGAAUCAAUUAGGUUCCUUAUCUAAGGCAUUACAGAAAGAUGUAAGUGAUGGACUUCUCAAAUCUAUCUUUGAAGUUUAUUUGAAAAAUAAUGAAACUAUGUUAAUUGAUAGAUUUUUGAAUAAAUAUGAUUUGCUAAACGAUACUGCCAGUGAUCAAGAAAAGACCACUGAUCGAAUAGAUAAAUUUGUUGGUGUUCUCAAUAAAGUGCCGGAUAAUUUCCCUCUAUCCAGGAUGAAAAGGUUUGUGAUUAACAAUAUAAUCGAAUUUAGUGAUUACAACACACAGAUCAAUGUGAAAAGAUCAUUAGUAAAAGUUGAAGUUAAUCGUUUGGACAGAUUAAAAAAUAGUCUAAAAAAAGACAAUUAG